CAUGCCUGAACAUAGACAGGGCUAGUUAUCCACAACGAAAGAAGCAAAGUGGAAAGCAAAACUCCUAAAGGAAAUCAUAACUAGCUAGCUGAAGACAUGAGCACAUUUCUGAAAGCGGCUAUUUGGAAACUGUGGACUAGGAUGCCUUUCUGCCACCGAUUUCCUCAAAGGCAUUAUUGAGUUCAGAACGUUAGCGUUCGGAUCACAACCAAACACCAUGGAUCAGAAUGACAAAAGGAGUUACACGAAUGAAACUCAUACAUUUACUGGUGACCAGUCACUUCACUGAGGGACCACGACACUUGAUUUCUGGACACGUACUCGCCGCCACAAUGAGAUAAUACAGCAGCAGAUAAUACAGCCGUGACAUUCGUCCACCCUGAGUUAAUUUCCACAAUCCAACAUGACCACACCAGCUCUACUGCCACUGUCGGGCCGCAGGAUACCCACCCUGUCACCCGGUGCCGCCUCUUUCCCACACCACAGGGCCACCUUGAGACUCUCAGAGAAGUUUAUCCUGCUCCUCAUCCUCAGUGCCUUCAUCACUUUAUGCUUUGGAGCUUUCUUCUUCCUCCCGGACAACUCAAAACACAAGCGCUUCGACCUGGGCUUGGAAGACGUGCUGAUUCCGCACAUCGAGGCGCCCAAAGGGGCUAAGCAUCCUGGUGGACAGGUGGUCAUACAUGGACAGGGGGACCAUGAUGAACACAGACACAGGGAGGAGGAGGAGAGCCUGCGGGAUAAGAUCCGAGCGGACCACGAGCGGGCGUUGCAGGAAGCAAAGGAGAAGCUGAGGAAGUCCCGGGACGAGCUGCGAGCUGAGAUCCAGACGGAGAAGAGCAAGGUGCUGGAGGACCUGAAGAAGGAGGGGCCCAAGCCGUUACCGCCGGUCCCCAUGCCCAAGGUGGUGGGGGUCAACGAUGGAGACCCUGGGGAGCCCGACAUCAAGGAGAAACGAGACAAGAUCAGAGAGAUGAUGAAGCAUGCGUGGGACAGCUACAGACAGUACGGAUGGGGACACAACGAGCUGAAACCUCUCGCCAAGAAAGGACAUUCCACCAAUAUCUUUGGUAAUUCCCAGAUGGGGGCCACCAUAGUGGACGCCUUAGACAGCCUGUACAUGAUGGGACUUCACGACGAGUUCAAGGACGGACAAGAGUGGAUAGAGCAGAACCUGGACUUCAGUGUGAACGCUGAGGUGUCUGUCUUCGAGGUCAACAUCCGCUUCAUUGGAGGACUGCUUGCCGCCUAUUACCUCUCAGGACAGGAGGUGUUUAAGGUGAAGGCGGUUCAGUUGGCUGAGAAGCUGCUCCCAGCCUUCAACACUCCCACAGGCAUCCCCUGGGCCAUGGUCAACCUCAAGAGUGGUGUGGGUCGUAACUGGGGCUGGGCGUCAGCAGGCAGUAGUAUCCUAGCAGAGUUUGGAACCCUCCACAUGGAGUUUGUCCACCUCACUUACCUCACCGGGAACCCUGCAUACUAUCAGAAGGUGAUGCACAUACGGAAGCUGCUUGCCAAAAUGGACCGACCCAACGGGCUCUACCCAAACUAUCUGAACCCUCGUACCGGCCGCUGGGGCCAACACCAUACAUCAGUUGGAGGUCUGGGAGACAGUUUCUAUGAGUACCUGCUGAAGGCCUGGCUCAUGUCAGACAAGACCGACACAGAGGCACGCAAGACCUACGACGACGCUAUCGAGGCCAUCGAGCGUCACCUGAUCCGUAAGUCCAACGGCGGCCUGACGUUCAUCGGGGAGUGGAAGAACGGCCACCUGGAGAGGAAGAUGGGUCACCUGACGUGCUUUGCCGGGGGGAUGUUCGCUCUGGGGGCCGACGGCUCGCCUGACGACAAGGCUGGACACUACCUACAGCUGGGGGCUGAGAUCGCACACACCUGCCACGAGUCCUACGACCGCACCGGCCUGAAUGCUGCUCUCGGUCUCCUCCUCCAGGCCAUUGAUAAGUACUGCAGGGUCAGCGGUGGGUUCUCUGGGGUCAAGGACGUCUACUCGUCCAACCCAACCUACGACGAUGUCCAGCAGAGCUUCUUCCUGGCCGAGACGCUCAAGUAUCUGUACCUGUUGUUCUCCAGUGAUGAGCUGAUGCCUUUGGAGAGCUGGGUGUUCAACACGGAGGCCCACCCCCUGCCGGUACUGCACCUUGCCAACCUCACCCUCCCAGGGAGCCAGGCCCAGCGGUAGAGACCAGGGGGCCUCCAGACCUCCAGGGGGCCACAGCGGCCCUGUCUGCCUCCAUCUCUCCCUCUCACUGCUACAGACAGCAGAAGGAGAGAGCUCAGACCACUGCAGAGUGGAGGGCACUGAAACAAUAGCCUUUCUCGCUCUUCUUUAAUUCUCUGGCUCGUACUCUUUCUAUAGCUCUCUCUGCUUCUCGUCAGGACAGAGGGUGCGUUCGACUUUUGUGAUUGGCUGGGAAGUCCUCCUAUUCGUCGUUACUUUUUUUGUUGAAACACAGAGCCACAAUCAGGAAGCUUGAUUGUUUUGGCCAAACUGUCUCAUAAUGGACGCACACAGGAGCAAGACAGUGUGUACCAACAAACAGACAGAUGGACCUUCCUCUGAAGGGAUGUGUAUGUUUCAGACAGACUGACAGUCAAACCGAAGACUAUGGGGUUUGUUUUCUUUUGUCAUUUUGUGUCCUGGACGCUGAUUGGCGGGGACACGGCAGACUGCGACCGUCCUAGUACUUCUGCCAUUUCCUGUUUACUGUCUUACUCUGAACUUUGACCUGGAACUGUAUCAGUGUCACUUUGUGGACGGGAGCAACGGCUUCAUGCCUACCCUUCUGGAACCUUUGAAAAGUGGACCGGUGAUAUGGACCUAUUUUCCAUAGCAUUCUCUAUGCUACAUUCUGCCGUUUCUGUAUACUUUCUCCUCUUUUGUCUCUUUCUGUCACACUCUCUCUCGCUCUGUAUCUCCCUCUCCUUCCAUCUCUUAUGAUUAGCAGGUGACGUAGCUUAGCCUGGCCUCAUGCUGUUGCUGCUAUUCAACCGAUGCUGCAUCUCUACCUUGUCUUACCACCAUUCCAACUCCCUCCAUCUUCUCUUUCUUGUCAUUCUUCUUCACUUCUCCAAUCACGCCUUUCUAGACUGGUAAACUUCCGUUCCUGUCUUUUCCAUAAAUCACCACCACUCCACAGGCAGAUUGGGACAAGGCUUGUUUUGGCAGUGUUUUCUGUCUGCUGAUUAAAUGGCCCCUAUAGAUAAAUUGUUAUGCACUUUGUUGUUUGUAUUACUAAGAGGGAAAAGAGUUACACCACUGUCGGAGCUGAAGACACAAAGCCCCCCAUUUAUAAUCUCUGUGUCUUUGACAAGGACCCAUAGUGUUGCACUGCCACUGAUGGGGAGGGCCUGGAGUUCUUACUGUUUAGGAACAACUCCUCACCCUGCUGAUAGGAUCCUACCCAAACUGUUUCUUGUUCUUAUCCUAAUCACCACUCUCAAAUUAGGACUUGGCCUCAGUCACCUGUGCAAUGAGUGUAAUGAGUGUAUGUGUAUUCUCUAUGGACUUGUGUGUUCUAAAUUGAUCUAUUGUGUUUUGUGUGAAUGUGGUUCCUGCAACAGUAGAUGGAACGCUAGGAAGUCUGCUGUGUUCAGUGAUGAAUCUGUGAUUGGUGUGUUGAUGUGGAUGGGGAGGGGAAUACUUUAGGUUUAGGGGGCUGAAGGUAACACUAGGAAAUAGAACGGUACCUUGCAAGAAAUAACAUUUUUGUUGGACCUACACAUUAAUUUAAAGCCUUAUCAAGUGUUACUAUGUGAUGCCUUUCUCCAAUACUGUGCUUUUUCAUUAUAAUUUUUUUACAAAAAGUUAUUCAUACACCAGUUCCUUUUCUAUGAGCCACCCUGCUGUCCCUCUAGCAGAGCCACCCUGCUGUCCCUCUAGCAGAGCCACGCUGCUGUCCCUCUAGCAGAGCCACCCUGCUGUCCCUCUAGCAGAGCCACGCUGCUGUCCCUCUAGCAGAGCCACCCUGCUGUCCCUCUAGCGGAGCCACCCUGCUGUCCCUCUAGCAGAGCCACGCUGCUGUCCCUCUAGCGGAGCCACGCUGCUGUCCCUCUAGCAGAGCCACGCUGCUGUCCCUCUAGCAGAGCCACGCUGCUGUCCCUCUAGCGGAGCCACCCUGCUGUCCCUCUAGCGGAGCCACCCUGCUGUCCCUCUAGCGGAGCCACCCUGCUGUCCCUCUAGCGGAGCCACCCUGCUGUCCCUCUAGCGGAGCCACCCUGCUGUCCCUCUAGCGGAGCCACCCUGCUGUCCCUCUAGCGGAGCCACCCUGCUGUCCCUCUAGCGGAGCCACCCUGCUGUCCCUCUAGCAGAGCCACCCUGCUGUCCCUCUAGCAGAGCCACCCUGCUGUCCCUCUAGCAGAGCCACCCUGCUGUCCCUCUAGCAGAGCCACCCUGCUGUCCCUCUAGCAGAGCCACCCUGCUGUCCCUCUAGCAGAGCCACCCUGCUGUCCCUCUAGCAGAGCCACCCUGCUGUCCCUCUAGCAGAGCCACCCUGCUGUCCCUCUAGCAGAGCCACCCUGCUGUCCCUCUAGCAGAGCCACCCUGCUGUCCCUCUAGCAGAGCCACCCUGCUGUCCCUCUAGCAGAGCCACCCUGCUGUCCCUCUAGCAGAGCCACCCUGCUGUCCCUCUAGCAGAGCCACGAUGAUGAUGAUGGGCUGAUCACAGAACCACUCACCUUGCCAAUCAAUAAAGCCAUACAAUGUGUGUCUCUGUUUAGCUAAUUGGUUGGUUUCUGUCACUCAUUUCUCAUGUGUUCACUGAGUACCACCUGGCUGCACCUAUAUAACACCUGUCCCACCAUCUCAACAUUCCUUUUUACUCUGUCACACCCUUUCUACUCCUUCAUAUCCCUACAAUUUUCUAUUUGUCUCUUUCUCUCCAGCUAUCCCUCCUCCUGUCCCCAUCUGUUGGCAGCUCAGUGUCUCCGUCUCGUGGUGGAGGCAGUAGCAGCAGCCUACUGGUGUAGAACGUUAUGAAGUAUAUGUAUCACUGUUCGCCCCCCUGUCCCCACCUUACUCUCUGACAUUACUGCUUUCUGUCUGCGGAGGAAGCCCAGGCCUUCUUUGGCGCUGUCAGUCGCCGUGAGGAUGUUGAUUUUGGGAAAAAAGUGUUCUGUAUUUGUAUUUUUACUGAACAAAAAAAUACAUGUAAAUAUGUUUAAAUGAGACACAAAUUCAAUAAAGAUGUUAUGAAAAGUGAACA